AUUUAUUUAACCAGUCCACCACUGAUAGGCAGUUUGUCUUUAGUCUUUUGCUACUGUGAUAGGGCGAGUAAAAACAUGUCAACAGCUUAAUCCCCUGAACCUGUGAAUGUGUCCCCUUUCAUGGCCAAAUGGGCUCUGCAGCUGUGAUUAAGUUAAGGGUGGUGAAAAGGGGAGAGUAGCCUGUAUUAUCCAGGUGGCCCCCAUGUAACCAAUCACAAGAGUCCUUUUUUUUAAAAGGGAGGCAGGAGCUUUAAAGUCAGGAUGAAGGUGUGAGCGGCGCUUCGGGUGAUAGAAGGUUGGAACCAGAGAAUGUGGGUAUCCCCCAGAAGCUGGAAAAGGCUCGGAAAUGUACUCUCCCCUAGAACCUCCGGAAAGAAUAAGCCUUUGAUUUUAGCUGGGCAAGACCCAUUGUGGACUUCUGGCCUCCAGAACUGUAAGAAAUCACACCAUCCUCAAAGCCUCAUCCACCUGUUGUGGGCAGAGUGACUCAUCACAGCAUUGAAUUAUACUGGGAUCUGGAAAAGAGAGCAAAACGGCAGGGACCUCAAGAUCAAUGGUUCAGGUUCUCGAUCGAGGAAGAAGACCCCAAAACGCACACUUACGGGGAUAUGCGACAAAGCAUGUUGUGGAGGGUCUGGAACCACGCACGCUGUACAGAUUUCGGCUGAAGGUCACCAGCCCCUCUGGAGAAUAUGAGUACAGCCCGGUGGUCUCGGUAUCUACGACCAGAGAACCCAUAAGUAAUGAGCACUUUCAUCGAGCUGUCAGUGUGAAUGAUGAAGAUUUGCUGGUUCGAAUACUUCAAGGAGGAAACGUUAAGGUGGAUGUUCCCAAUAAGUUUGGCUUUACCGCCCUGAUGGUCGCUGCCCAGAAAGGAUAUACCAGGCUUGUGAAAAUCCUCGUUUCUAAUGGCACAGAUGUGAAUCUGAAGAACGGGAGUGGCAAGGACAGUCUGAUGCUUGCGUGCUAUGCGGGACACCUGGAUGUGGUGAAAUAUCUCCGAAGACACGGUGCUUCUUGGGAGACCAGAGACCUAGGAGGCUGUACGGCUCUGCACUGGGCCGCGGAUGGAGGCCACUGCAAUGUGAUCGAGUGGAUGAUAAAAGAUGGCUGUGAGGUAGACGCUGCGGACACGGGCUCGGGAUGGACCCCGCUCAUGAGGGUGUCUGCGGUCUCAGGAAACCAGAAGGUAGCCUCUCUGCUGAUCGAAGCGGGAGCGGAUGUGAACAUGAAGGAUAAAGACGGAAAGACGCCUCUAAUGGUGGCCGUGUUGAAUAAUCACGAGGAGUUAGUCCAGUUACUUCUUGAUAAAGGGGCAGACGCAAGUGUAAAAAAUGAGUUCGGCAAAGGUGUCCUAGAAAUGGCCAGAGUUUUUGACAGACAGAACGUGGUCUCCUUAUUAGAAGAAAGGAAAAGAAAACAAAUGGCGAAGAAGCCCUCUGUCUGCUGAGCCGGGCCCCACGUAGCCCGACAGCCCCGGGGAAACAACGUCCCACGUUUGACUAUUUGAUUUUAUUUCUUUGAUUGGUUUGAUUUUUUUUUAUUUGAUUAUUUAUUUUCGUUGAAGGUUCACCGUGACUUUUGUAACGUACAACUGUUUCCCACUUUGAAAUACAUCUUUUUACCUAUGCA